GAACGGACGUAUGCCCGAGUUGCAUCGCUCCCGAAUUCACUUCACGAAACAAGUUUUACGCAUCGGAUUCCUUCUUACUUCGCAUAUCAGUUAAAUAUCAUAAUGAACUUAAGCGGAAAACUGAAACGAUUCUUUUCGAAUGACUUUCAAAAAGUUGAAAAACAUUACUAAGUGCAGUUUGUGAAUUUCUUUAUCUUAUAUUCCGCGGCUUAAGUACGCGUAGGUGAUACAAAAACUUGAGUGAAAUUGUUUAUUAUUUUGAAACAAAAGACAAAUACCGUUGAAGACGCAGAGUUUGAAUUUCAUGUUCUUUUGCUCUUGUUUAUAAGAACUCAUUCGAGUAGCGUGUUGAAAAGAGACACAAUGAGGUCCCACCGGGCAAGAGCGACAGGUGUGGCGGCUUUGGCGGUUUUGUUAGCCACUAUAACAGGAUGCUCGUGCCAAACGCUACGGAUAUUCCCGAUGCCGAAGCAGCAGACAGUAGCCGUUGGCAAAUCCGUGGUUUUGACGUGCCAGGCGGAAGCUCCCGACACGGCCCUAGUCACGCAGCCGCAAUGGCGCGAUCCCAAAGGACUCAUUAUAAACGAAGCUGCGGCCGGUACCAGACCAGAGAUCUACACGGAACCGAUGCCCGCGAAACAGCUACAGUACCUCUAUAUAUCGUCGAUCACCACGGCAAUGGCAGGCAAUUACACGUGCGAAGCGACCUACACAAACAUGCCUCUCAGCGCCAGUGUGGUUUUGGAAACUUUCGUUGCUAUUACAUGGACAAAUGCAAAUGAAAAUCAGUAUGCGACAAAAGGAAAAGAGUAUAGAAUUAUGUGUGAAGUUAAAGCCGAACCUGCACCCUCUGUGGAUUGGUUCAAAGAAGGAACUAGUAUCGUGACUGGUGAUAGAUAUGUUAUUCAAGCAAAUGGAUUAUUGAUUAAAAAUAUCCAAGAAAGUGAUGAUGGGACAUAUACUUGCCGAGCUGUUGUCAUACAAACUGGAGAGUUAGCGGAAAGGAAUAUUAAGCUUGAGGUUUACACUGCCCCAGAAAUGGAGGAACGCGAAACAAAGGUUCAAAUUAAAGAAGGCGAAACUGCUUCCAUCACUUGUAAAGCUCGAGGGAAACCGCCCCCAACUUACUCCUGGAUUAAAGCUUCGACACGAGAGAACUUAGGUACUACUUCCCGCUUCAGUGUGGAUGAAAUUAGUGGGCUUUUAACAUUCGAUAGAGUAGAAGCUAGUGAUUACGGCAAAUAUAUCUGUAGUGCUGUCAAUCAAGGUGGCCACAACGAAACUGAAAUAGAAGUCGAAGUUUUGGUUCGUCCGAGAAUAUUUGAGUUAUUGAAUAUCACUGCAGCUGAAAAUACGGAGGGAAGAUUGGAAUGUAAAGCUACAGGACGUCCGGUUCCUCGUAUUAGCUUUAGAAAAUUAAGCAAUAACGAUCGAUUCUUGAAUGGUCCAAAUGAUGAUGGACGAAUUACAAUAGAAACGAGCAGUCAUCAAACAGGUGAUCAAAUGGAAUCCAGUGCCGUGAUAACAAUUUCCCGACUGAAUAGGACAGAUGACGGAUUAUAUGAAUGUGUUGCUGAAAAUGAAGGUGGCGAAGCAAGAAAGAAUGGUCAUUUAACUGUUCAAUUCCGGCCUUCUUUUGAACAUAUGAACAACGUUCCAGUAUGGAGUUGGAAUGCUCAACCUGUGAAUAUCAGCUGCAUUGCUGAAAGUAUUCCUAAUGCCACCAUUAAAUGGAAGUUCCACGAAUAUGAUCUUACUGAAACUCCUCACGUCAGAAUAUACGGAUCAGGUCCCAUAAGCUAUGUGACCAUAACACCUAUUGAUGCAAGUCUCUAUGGUAUUUACAAAUGUAUCGCUACAAAUACUCUAGGUGAAGCAGAGCAUAUUAUCCAACUGAGACAAGCUUUCCCUCCAGGAGCUGUUGUUCAAGCAAGACAAGACACUAUUACAGCAACAUCCGUUUCAUUCAAUAUAGUUGGUCCACCUGAAGAUAUGGGACCACCAAUUGAGGCCUAUACAGUACAGUUUAAAGAAAACGGAAACUUUGAUUGGAACUUUGCAAUGAAUCGAACGUGGUCAGCCGACUCUCUGUACAUUGUUGAAAACUUGAGACCGAUGUUUACGUAUGACUUUAGAUUUGCAGCUAUCAAUAGAGUUGGGGUUGGAAGUUGGGGCGCUCCUAUCACAGUUAUUAUGCCCAGAAGAUCACCACCUGAACAACCCAAAUGGAGGGAAUCGAUCAGCUCAGAAUCGCUUAUACACGGAAAAUAUGCUGAUAGAUAUGAACUGCAGUGGAAAAUUCCCGCAGACAAUGGAGAACCGAUUGACAUGUACGACGUUAGUUACUGCCCUGUCCUAAAAGUUACUGGAAAAUGGCAAGUUUCUGCCCAAUCAGACUGCUUUACGGAGGAGUUAAAAUCUUUCGAAGCGAUCAGUUAUGAAAUUCGAGGAUUACGACCGGAUACUCGAUACCGAAUGCACGUGCGUGCUCACAACGCUCUUGGUUUCUCUCAACCUGCUCAACUCUAUGUCCAGACCGCUCUCGGUGUGGAACGAUCUGGAUUUGCUGCCCCGCAACUUUUAUCAAGUGGAGCUAUAAUAGGAUUGGCAUUGGCUGGCGUAUUCAUCUGUCUCAUCAUUGUCGAUCUCCUUCUUCUGUGCUUUAGGCGACAAGGUGUUAUCGCUUCUAUUUGCGGAAGACGGGUCAAGAAACAUUCAGACGAUGAAGCCAAGUUGGGAAGAGACGAAAAGGAACCUCUCAAAGAUACUGGGGACGAAGGCAUAAAAAGGAAUUCUUCAGUAGAGUUCGAUGGACGUCGAGUAUAUGCUACGAGUGGAGGACCAAUUAUUGGCAAAAACUCCGCUGUUUAAAUCACGAAACUCGUGAAACACUCAACAAUAAUCUAUAUAUAGAUGUUUAGGGCACAGUACGAGUAGCUUAUGAAACGUGACUACUAAUGAAUUUAAUGGAAUUUAUGUAACGAGUAUUAAAGCUUGUGUAUUUGUGAUGAGCGCGACCAGUAUUUGAAACUGCCAAAUGACGAAUUGUAACGUUUUAUAUUAAGUGCGUUAUCAGCUUUAUCGCGUGUUAUUAGAUUUAACAUUUGAUGACGUUAUUUCAAGAAUAAGAUCUAAAUAGUAACUAAAAUAUUCAUUUACAAUCAAAUACAUUUAUAUCUUUGUUUAAAAAGACACAUUUUGCUCGUAGGUUAGAUAGUUAUUGUACUUUUUAAUAUUUAUCACAAGAAGACUUGCUUUAUUCAAGUCAAAUACUGCUUCAAGAGGUACAAAACGUGCCUUUUUAUAAAUAAGGUACUUUAUGAGGGUAUUUAUAGCUCAUGCUAGAUUGUAUAUAUCACUAUCUAGAAUAGUUUUAACGUCACAAAAUUAUCGAAACUGUAUAAUUAAAUGAUUUAUAAAAAGGGCAAUUGUAAUAGAGUCUACAAUUAUUGUUUCAUUCUCACUGUUAGAGGUUGGCGUGACGUUUGAGUAAUUUAAGCUGGGAACGUAUCUUUUAAUUUUUUUUAUGGAGAGCAAAUGCAGAAUAUUAGGGAUAAGAACUGUAAAUACGUUAUUUAUAAUUUUGUAAAUAUUGAUACGUUUUUCUAUAUACUUACUUUUUGAAUAAGAAUAUUUGACAGAGAUACACAACGCUUGCCACUAAUAACAUUGGUAGUUAGUAUGGCAAGAUCUCUUUCACCUUUUUAUCUCUUUGUAACGUUACUACGAAUUUUAGAAGUUACAUAUAUUAUCCAUGUGAAAUGAUUGUUGUAAAUUAAUAUAAUGUUUUAUAUCAAUAGGUAAGCAAACCGUACAUAGGCUUUACCUUCAAUGUCUUAAACGGGUCCCAAUAGGUUUUAAUUAAAAUAUUUAUAUCAAUUAUUUAAGGAAUAGCUGUAGUUAUUUGGGGAAUUUGUUUAGAGAUCUAUAAUAAAGAACAGUGGACAAUUUAGUAUAGAAUUAUGUUUUUAUGAUUUUU